GAAAUUCUGCAGACGCUUAUGACCAGAUAACGAAAUAAAGUAUCUAUAAAACCAUUGGCCCCGAGCCAAAUUGCGCUAUUUGUUUCCUAAAAUCACGCGGUCCCUACAAUGGCCAUAUUACACGUUUUGUGCUUUUUAUUACUCCUGAAUUACGUGAUACCUGAGGGUGAUUUCACACCUGAGGAAAAUUUGAUAGCUGACAAAGUGGUCUCAAGUCUACAUCUUCUACAAUCUGUGAUCGACACCGCUAACACAACUCUUCUCUCCAUGAAAAGUAUCCAGUCUAACCUCAUCAUAUCCACACAAACUGUUAUAGAAAAAAACGAGAAAGAUAUAAGCUUACAAAUAUCUGCUUUGAGGAAAAAUGUCAGCAGCUUGAGAUCUAAGAGAAGUAAAACCAUUUUGGACAGAUGUAUAGAUGAUGAACAGCCUAUAGACAUUUUAGUGGAGGCGAUUUCGGAUGAGAUAAAACAAUGCAUAACAGUGGCUCUUGCAGAAAACGUGAAUAUUAUCAGUAACUGCAUAGUGGAGGCCCAAACCUUCAUGGAUUUACCGACGAAAGUAGCUGCAGAUUUACAGACUUGCGGAGGUUCAAAGCAGUGCCUCUUAGCUUUAUCCAUUGAUGCCGUGAAUGAAAGUAUGGAAAUUCCAUCUAAAGUUUUGGUUCUCACAGCCAGGGUUCAACAGCUUGCGUAUCACGCGUUGUCCAACAUAAAUGGUUGUGCUGUGAAUGGUUUGAUAAAUGUGGUCAAGCAAGGAAUAGCUGUCGUUGAAGAUAUAGUAGCAUGUAUCAAAAUGAACUAUUGAAAUUUACUAUUGCAUUAUCAUUAUCGAUAUUUUUUCGAAUAACUCUUGAAUGUUUUGUAUUGAAGUUUAUAUAACUCU